AUGAUCUCUUUAGUAUAAAAAUUAGAUUUGGUGUAAAAAAAUUUGUAAAAAAAUAAUGGAGUAUCACCAGCAGUCUUCCCCAUCUUCUUCCUCCUCUACUUCCUCUCCCUCCUCCCGAGGAUCUGAUGUUGGAUGUUUACGUUCUCCCACCGACAUCGAGCUUCGCCACGAAGGCCUCGAUCAUGUGAUCCAAAGAUUACGAUUUGCGGAAAACGAAAAUAAAAAAUUACUCGUUGAAAGGAGCAGAGCAAUGAAAGAUGUGAACAGAAAGUUACAGGUUCACCUUCUUGAAGUGCGAGGAGUAAGAGAAGUGAAUCAAAAACUAAUGCUCGAGAAAGAUGCUUUGCUUAAAGAGAAAGAAGAACUGGCAGGGAUCUGUUGUUUCCUUGAUGACGACCGAGAAAAAGCGAAAAAAGUAGCAAGAGAGUGGCAAAUGUUUGGACGUUAUGCAACUGGUGUACUGCAGAAAGAACUGGCCACUUGCCAUCAAAAAAUAAAAGACUUAGAGUUGAAACAAACCACUCUGGUGCAGGAGAAUAAAACCUUAAAGGAGAUAUGCUUAAUGUUGGACCAGGAGAACGCGGGAAACAGAAGUUCAGUUGACAGUCAGAGCAGUUUCCCUCCUCCCCCUAAUCUUCUUCAUACUCCGGAAACAAGGGACUCUGGAGACGGAAGCAGCAACGGAUCAACGGCGAGCAACUAUAGCCCAGAUCAUCAUUCCCGCUCAUUGACAAAAGAUAAUCUUCCGCUUUCUAGUUCUCUUCAAAAUGAUUCCUAUUUACGCCACUUUGAACACCGGAUGUUACGAUCUGAUGAACCUAAAGUGAUGGUUAAACGGAUUACUGUCCCGCCAUCUCCCCCAGCAACCUCAACUCACGAUUUUACGUUUUCCAACCUGUCAACCAACCUAACCACCCCUCCCAUGCAUUCCAUGCCCUCGGAUAUCAACAGGCAUAGAAACCACACAAGAAUGCCUCAUUUGUCGAGCAGUGAUGCUUCUCUACCACCUAAACCAACACCUUCCCAAAAACCUGAAGCCAUUGUACAUGCUAUGAAGGUUUUGCAAUUACAUGACCAAUUAGACAAAGAUACAGAAGACACUGAGUACCCGUUAUCACCAGUAAAUAACACAAUAUUAGACGACAAGGAGAAAGCGAUGGUGCGAGAAAUGUGCAAUCAGCCAGGAGACUCUUUUGUGUGACGAGUCGUUUGGCGUAAACUUGGAGACAAGGGCAAAGGAAAGCUCGCCAGCAGCAAACCUGGGCUUCAGAAAACGGCGAGCGUCAGCAAUCUAUGACACUGUAAGUGCCACAGACAAUUGUAGUUGAUUGCACCACCCAGGGUAUGAGAGGCCGUUAGCACUUCAGCGUGUCAUACUUCAACUUACAACCUCUUAUCGGUGGAAGUAUGACGGGAUCCACAAACCGCCGCCGAUUUUCGGGUUGCUAUGGUCUGUUUUUCUGCUGCUACACGCCCACGCGUUCUUGUGCGCCGUCGUAGCCCUCCAUCCCACCAAAGCCUGUUUCACUUGUCGUCACGCUAAACCUGAUCGACCGUGAAGUCACUCAAGCGUGCGGAGUUCACUCACGCGUGGAGUAGUGAGCCACAUCACUGUUACUACACAUCGUCUUCCUAAUGUUCACUAUAUUGCAAAUGAAACGGUUGAAACUCGUUGGUUGCUGCUCCGUUCAUUGGUUCGGUUCAUUUUAUGCCUCUUCCUUUUACAGAGUGUUGAAGCUGUUUAUUUUGCCAUAAACGUAAGGUGCUGUCGUCGUUUUUCUCUUUUUCUGCUCCCCUUUUCAAAGAUACAGUAUUGCUGCGUAUAUUUUGUGUUACACAUUUUUACGUGAAUCAAAUAUAAUCUUACUGCACUGAA